AUGCAGCAUAAUAAUACUUUGACACUUUUGAUAUAUAAAGCUGUACUUGGCCAUACUUUGAGUUAUCCAAAUUCGGCAGAUUUUUCAGUCUCGAGUAUUCUUACCAUCGCAAUGGGAAAUGCACUUAUCAACUGGAUAAAAUCCUUGUUCUGGAGGCAAGAGAUGGAACUGACGCUUGUGGGACUGCAAAAUAGCGGAAAAAGCACACUAGUCAAUAGCAUUGCCACCGGAACUUUUGAAGACAUGGCCCCGACCGUGGGUUUCAAUAUGAAAAAAGUGACCAAAGGCAACGUGUCGAUAAAAAUGUGGGAUAUCGGUGGACAGCAAAAAUUUCGCAGUAUGUGGGAACGAUACUGCCGAGGCGUGAAUGCAAUUGUAUUUGUAGUGGACUCCGCUGAUUUGGAUAGGAUUCCACAGGCGAGAAAAGAACUGCAUCUGCUGGUCAACAAAUCUCAGCUAUCCGAUAUACCUCUUCUCGUUCUUGGAAACAAAAACGACCUACAAGGCGCGCUCAGUCUUGACAACCUGAUUAAGGAAAUGGAUUUGACGAGCAUCAAAGGAAGAGAAGUUUGUUGCUAUUCUAUAUCUGCAAAAAAUGUGGUGAAUAUUGACAUCACUUUGGAUUGGCUUAUAAAGCAUGCGGACCAAAAUCGAGGCAACUGAUCAAGUUUUCUUCAAUUACACAGAGUUUGCGUACAGGUGGUGUAUAUAUAUAUAUAGGCGGUGUCCUAUUAGCCGCCUAUCACAGAUUGUCCUCAGCAGAAAUAAAGAAAAAGUGGCGCCGAGCAUAUGCGAGAAAAGGUUUGUCAUUUUUCACUGCGAGGGAAAUAGAGUUUACGCGGAG